AUGGACCGCGAGCUCGGCUACAUCUACGGCAACGAGGAGCAGGAGGAGCAGGACGAGGAGGACGAGGAGGAGGAGGAGGAGCCGGCGAGGGGGCGCAAGAAGAAGAAGGUGGCGGACAGGCCAGAGCCGCGCGUCAAGUGGGCAUCCAAAGAGGAGGAAUGCCUCGUCGAAGCAUGGAAAGUCAUCUGCCUUGACCCGACCACCGGCGCAAACCAGAGCAUCGAGACGUACUUGGCCAAGGAGACCUACAAGCCUGACGCGCCUACUCCGGGUGCGUCAGAUGGGCGGCUGGACGGCAACAAAGGUGCCAAGAAGGGGAAACACGUCGACGCGGCCACAGCCUGCGUGCAGGAGUCCAUCGAGCACUGCCUCGCCGACGCGCAGGUCCGGGCCGCCCUUCCUCUCUCCUCGUUGCUCCGAUUGCCGCCUUGCACUACGCCGGGAAGCCAAAGGCCACCGUCCGCCGUCAUGGACCCAAGCUCCGAGAUCGCGUACGACAUGCCCGGGUUCAUACGCAUCCACAAGAGCGGCCGCGUGGAGCGCUUGCAAGGCACCGAGACCGUCCCGCCCUCCCCCUCCGGUGACCUCGCAAACGGCGUCGCCUCCAAGGACGUCGUCCUCGACCCCGCGGCCAGCGUCUCCGCUCGCCUCUACCUCCCCGCCGCCGCCGCGGCGGAGCCGGGAAGGAAGUUCCCCGUCGUCGUCUACCUCCAUGGCGGCGCGUUCGUUGCCCACACAGCGGCGUCACCGAUCUACCACAAGUACGCUGCCUCCCUCGCCGCCGCCGCGCCCGCUGUCGUCGUCUCCGUCAACUACCGUCUCGCUCCGGAGCACCCCCUCCCGGCGGCCUACGACGACGCCUUCGCGGCUCUCAAGGCGGUCCUCGCGGCCUGCCGCCCGGACGGCGCCGAGCCCUGGCUCGCCGCUCAUGGUGAUGCCUCCCGCGUCGUCCUCGCCGGCGACAGCGCCGGUGCCAACAUGGCGCACAACACGGCAAUAAGGCUCCGGAAGGAAGGCGUCCAGGGCUGCGGCGACAAGGUCAGCGGCGUCGCGCUCUUGCAUCCCUAUUUCUGGGGGACUGAACCGGUGGGCGACGAGUCCCCGGACGCCGCCUUCUUCUUCCCCGGCGACAUGGAGCGCGUGUGGGAUGUGGCCUGCGGCGGUGAGUUCGGCCGUGAUCACCCGUACAUCAACCCGGCGGCGUCGCCACAGGAGUUGCGCCAGCUCGGGUCCGGCCGCGUGCUGGUCACCACGGCGGGGUUGUGCUGGUUCGUGGAGAGGGCGCGCGCGUACGCGAAGGGGAUGAAGGCGUGCGGGUGGGCCGGCGAGCUCGAGUUCUACGAGACCAGGGGCAAGAAGCACACCUACUUCCAGUUCCGUCCCGACUGCGACGAUGCCGCCAAGGAGCUCGCCGUCGUGGCCGACUUCGUCAGGCGCUGCUUAGUUUGCUUCGUUUGGUUCAUCCGGUGAGUGAUUCAGUAAUAAUGGAACACCUACUGUAAUUUCUACGAAUUCGGUAAUUGAUUGCACUUGUGAGUUGCAACACGAACGGAAAC